AUGGCGCACCUUCUACGCCGACCCCUCUGCUCAGCAGUGGGCGCCUUCUCAUCCUCGCCCUUACCACGAAGAUGUUUCUCUCAAUCCGCUCGACUAUGCGCCGGGGCCAUCCAACCACAAAUGAUGAAGCCAAAAGUAAAGGCAGAGCGCAGUAUGAGAGUGAUAACUAAAGAACAAACAGAGGUCCCUCUAGACGUCGGUCUCUUCCCUGCAACAUUCAUCCUCCCCCGAUUCUCGCACCGUCCCUCGAUCUUCAGAGAACCAAGACAGCAUCUGAAACUCCUCUGGCGCGGCUUCCGCUUCUACCUCCGCGACUGGGUCGGGUGUGUCGUAUUCAAAUUCGCAGGCCCCGAGCCUGGGUGGUUCGGCCGCUCGUUCAAGAUCGCGCGGAGCAAGAUCGUGCCUACAGCUUUGGCGCUGCAUAAACAGAUGUACACUUCCUUUGCCGAGGGAGACAUCGCCGCCGUCCGCAAAACCUGCACAGACGGACUGUACGAAACGCUCCGCGCUCGGAUUGCAACUAGGGGGAAGGGGGAGACGGUUCACUGGGAACUGGUCAAGUAUAAUAGGAGGGCGAAGCUGGUUAGUGAUCGCGUGUCGAGGUUUCCUAUUGAGGGUGCGGGCGCUAGACAGUCUGUGGUGCGGAUUCGCAGUGACCAGAGGUUGACGCGGUGGAGAGGGGAUCAGAUGGUGGAGGGAAGUGGGAAGGUGAAGAGCGUGGAGGAGUUUGUGGUUAUUCAGAAGAGGUAUAUAGGGUGGAAGGAAGAGGAGUGGAUGGUUUGGGGAACGACGUAUGAGACGGGGAUAGAGGAUGUGGAAAAUUGGCAGAAGGACAACUUGAUAUAA